GCAUUGGGGAAGCAUGGACGCCGGGUGGGAACUGGGGGCAGCGGCGAGCUCCUCGCUGCUGCUAUGCGCCCUGCUGCUGGUGGCGGGCUGCGCCCUGGGCCUGCGCUUGGGUCGCGGGCGGGGGUCGGCGGACCGCGGGGUGCUCGCUUGGCUCUGCUACGACGCCCUGGUGCACUUCGUGCUGGAGGGUCCGUUUGUCUACUUGUCUUUGGUGGGGAGUGUUGCAGACUCUGAUGGCUUGAUUGCAUCUUUAUGGAAAGAAUAUGGCAAAGCUGAUCAAAGAUGGCUCUCUCUGGACCCAACCAUCGUGUCUUUGGAAAUUCUGACUGUUGUCCUGGAUGGGGCUCUGGCGUUGUUCCUCAUCUAUGCGAUCGUCAAAGAGAAAUAUUAUCGGCAUUUCCUGCAGAUCACUCUGUGCGUGUGCGAGCUCUACGGUGGCUGGAUGACCUUCUGCCCAGAGUGGCUACUCGGAAGCCCCAACCUUGACACUGGCCACUGGCUCCACUUCUGGGUCUAUCUGGUGUUCUUCAAUGGCGUGUGGGUUCUGGUCCCAGGACUGUUGCUAUGGCAAUCAUGGACGGAACUCAAGAGAAUGCAUCAUCAAGGAACUGCUCUAGGGGGAAAAAAAGUUUGGUGAAUUUUCAAACUCGUAAACACCAUCCUGUUACUUAGUGAGCCAGAAUGGAUCAAACCUUCGUGUUCGGCCAGGAUGUCACACAUUCCAGUCUUCCUUUUCUUUAUGGCAGUUUUGAUUGUUCCCCAUUAAUGAAACCAGUUUAUCCUAGAACACUGUUAUAUUAAUUACUAUUUUUUUAAAUUCCAGAUAAUAUGUUGCUGUUUUUUCCUUUAAACCAGUUGCUCAGGAGUUAUUUUUUGAUUAUUUGUAUAAAACCGGAGGUGAAAAGAAUGCUUCAAUUUUCCAGUUGUACUUUUGCUGAUUUCUUAACCCAACCAAAAAGCUGUACGUGGAGGAACCAGGAGUGAAUAACUCCUUAUGGGGCCAACCCAGACCAAUGAUCAGAGUUUUUUUGUUUUGCUUUUUUCCUUUUUUUUUUUUUCUGUCCCUUUUCAGGGAAGAAGUCUUGAGACAUCCUGCAGAAACACAGAGUACAUGAUGACACCAAGUAAGUUAAUUAACUUCAAGUUAAUUCAGCUUGAGCAUCCCUCAGCUAACAUCUAGAAUGUUCUGUGUUUUGAGUACCAUGUAACUUCACAAGUGCAAAAUUCCAUGCCCAAUCUCUGAUGGUUCAAUGUACAUAUACCUUGUUUCAUGGACCGAAUUAGCAAAACUAGUAGACCACCUUCAGGCUACGUGAGUAAGGGGUGUAUGCAAAACAGUGAGUUUCAUGUGUAGAGUGUGGAUCUCAUCUCUGAGAGAUCUCAUUAUGUGUGCCUGAGCAUAGGGCAUCUUCAUACAGUUUAUGGAAAAUGCUCAUUAUCUGUUAAUUCUGUUUUCCAUCUACUUUUAAAGGAUCUUUGUAUUCUGAAAAA